GUGAGACUGGUGAGUCGUAUGAUUCUUGAGAGUUUAUUUGCUGUCGUACAGUUGUAUCGUUGUAUGGUACAGAACACCCUCGCCUAGAUCGCACAUUUUUUAUUUUUCUCACGUUCAGUUCAGCAUUGGGGAGCUGAAGAGUUAAAAGCGAGAGCAAAACGAGGAUAGUAAAAUGUCCGCCCAUCGGCGCCGUAGGAAGCAGUCCGGGGGCUCGGACGACCUCUCCGACUCGUACGACGAGCUCAACUCAACGAAAGAGGCGACCCAGAGUAUCAAACACACCGAAGACCAGCAUGAUUCAGAGUACGAUAGUGCAGGCAGUGACUCUGACACUGAAUCUCAAGAUAAAGCUCAGCGAGAAAGUGGUGAUGGCCAAGAAGAGGAAAAACCUCAAAAAAAGCUGGAUGACGAUGAAGACCGCAGAAAUCCACAGUACAUUCCUAAAAGGGGUACGUUCUACGAGCACGAUGACAGAACUGCGGACGAGCCCAGCGAAGAACCUGCAGAGCCACCAACCGAAAGGGAAGUCAAAGAUAAGAAGGUGUGGAAAGAAAAGGAAGACAGGUGGGAUCAUGACAGAUACAACGACGAAGAGCAGGCUCCAAAGAGCCACGCCGAACUGAUAGCAGUGUAUGGCUAUGACAUUAGGAACGAAGAAGGUCCUCCUAGAGCUCGCAGACGACGAAGAUAUGGUCGUGGCCCAAAUAAGUACACGCGCAAUUGGGAGGAUGAAGAUGCGUAUGGUAAAGUUUCUGGAAACGUGCCUAUUCACAAACCUAAUUAUAGAAAAAGUAAUCGUACUGGUGAGGAGUUCCCUUCGUUGAAUCCAAAUGAAAAGGAUUCUCCGACUAUGAAUGAAGAUCAGCCUGUCAUCACAUCUGCCUGGUACAGUAACAAAAACAAAACACCCACAAACAAAAGUCAGAACUUCCCUGCACUACAACAGAUUGAAACCCAAAUGACAAAAACUAAACAAUUUACUAACAGUCAAGCGAACGAAAAUCAAGCUCCAAACGAACGAAAUAAUUUAGUCUGGAAGAAGGAGCCCAACGCUAUUCCUUACAUUCAAAAUAUCAAAUCAAACGAAACAAGUGCAACUUCCAGCGAUGCUGAGAAAAUAGUGAUUGUAAAGCAAACUCCGCGUGAAAUAACCAAAAAAUCACCCCAAGUUCAAGAAUCCGUGAGUCUUGCAGCCAGUAAGAGCCGUGGACGUGGUUUCAAAGCCAACGCAAAUAACAACGUUGCCGGCAGUAGGGUUAUAGAGCCCAAGCCAAAGGGCCGUGGACCUGGACUUUUGCCUGCUGAUAAUAGGAGGAGCAACAUCGAACAAGAAUCGGCUUUAAACGAUGUGAAACAACACAUGAGUAUGCCAGUAGAAGGCCCGUUGUAUCAUCAUGCUGCAAGACAGAACAAGCACUUUUAUGCACAGCCAUCCGGUCAACAGCACUCGACGGCAGUUCCAUCGCGCAUGCAAACAAGCCAUCCGCCUCCACCGAUACCUCAACAGGCACCUCUGCCCCAGCAACAGCAGCAGCCUCCACAGCAACCACUGCCCCAACAGCUACAGCAAGAUCACGCGACCAACAGACCGAAGCGCUACUCGAGCCUACGCCAGAGAGCGCCAAUCGUCGAGGGACCGCCCAACCCUCCUCCUCCCCAGCAGAAUUAUCAGCCACCGCAUACUGCUCCUCCGCCUCAGCACACUUAUUAUCCGCCUCCUCAAGCCGGAAGUUCAAGAGCAGUUUUAGAAUCUCAAGGGUAUCAGGCACCACCACCACCAGGGCCUUAUGAACAGCCACCACCAGGUGCAGGUGGACCACCGCCUCCACCUUUGGCUCCACAGCCUGUCAUCCCCAUGGGCCCGCCUGCUGGCCAACCAGCUGGCUACGUUCCACCGCCACCGCCGCCAUACCUCGUACCACCUCCUCAGUUUUUAGCGUCUCAACAAGCUCCACCUGGCAUAAUCAAUUACGUACCUGGUCCCAAUGGACCCAUUUUCCAGCCCAAUUAUCAGGGUUACAAUCCAGCUGCUGUACAGCCUGGGCCACCGCCGCCGCAGGAGGUGCCACUCUUCCAGCCUCAAGGCUGCACAUAUUAUAGUCCAGCGCAGCAGCAGCAGCAACAGCAGCAGCAACCUGUUCCUGUUAGGCGACCAAAGGCUGCAAUACCAAUUCUCCCGCCACCAGAUUCCGCUCCGCAAAACCAGAUCAGCCGUACUCGAGUCGGUCGAAGUGUACCGCACCCGCUGCAGACGCCCGAGCAGCAGCAUCAGGAGCAGCAACAAAUGGCUCAACAGCAGCUGGUGCAAGAACAACUGGUCCAGCAGCAGCUUCAGCAACACCAGCAACAGCUUAUUCAAGAGCAGCAACAAGAGCUGUUGUUGCAGCAAAAACAGAGGGAGCAACAGUUGAGGGAACAACAAAUUAAAGAGCAGCAAUUAAAGGAGCAACAGCUGAAAGAACUGCAGCAAAAAGAGCUGCAGCUGAGAGAACAGCAGGAAAAGGAGCUGAGGUUGAGAGAACAGCAGAAAAAGGAGCAGCAGCAGCUUGAAGAACAGACAUUGGAAGAACAGAAGGAAUUGGAAGAGCGACAGCCACAAAACCAUCAAUUUGAAGGAGAGCGACAAAAGGAGCAAGAACUGAAAGAGCAAUCAUUGCAAGAGCAAUACCUCCGAGAACAACGGCACAAAGAGCAGCAACAAAAAGAGCAGGAACUGAAAGAAAAGAAACAAAAAGAUCAGGAACUGAAAGAGCAACAGCAAAAAGAGCAGCGUUUAAAAGAACAACAUUUGAUACAACAGCAGCAAAAGGAGCAAGAGUUAAAAGAACAGCAGAUAAAAGAACAAAAAUUGAAGGAACAGCAACUGAUUGAACAGCAGCGAAAGGAGCAAGAGUUAAAAGAACAGCUGAUAAAAGAACAAAAGUUUAAAGAACAGCAACUGAUUGAAGAGCAGCCAAAGGAGCAAGAGCUAAAAGAACAAAAGUUGAAGGAGCAGCAACUGAUUGAAGAGCAGCGAAAGGAGCAAGAAUUAAAAGAGCAGAAAUUAAAGGAACAGCAACUGAUUGAAGAGCAGCGAAAGGAGCAAGAANGUACUUUAUGA